AUGCUCCUCCUCUACAAUUCUUCAACAACACAGCAAUCGCUAUCACAACCACAACUAUACUCGACAGCCAAAACCAGGACGACAUCUUCUCCCUCCAGCAAAAUGUGCUUUUCAACUCCCCCAAGGCCUACCUCCCUCCCCCCGAACAAACCCCUUCCCCCUCUCCCCCGCAAACCCCUUACUCGUCUCUCCGAGCGCCCCGAAUCCCCAACCCCUUACUCCUCCCAAAACUGCAGAUGCCGUCGCGACUCAGACACUCUCCCACCAAACUCCCACCAGCUCAAGAACCUCGCCAUCAACCACUACCGCCACAUCGAGGUCCAUCCCGCCCGCGGCUCCGUCCCCGCCAAGGUCCAGUACUGGAUCAGCGCAGACGACGUCCUCAACGACCGCCUCAAGGAAACAAAAGUUCCGGCCGGCCACUGGCCUAAACUCGUGCAGCUCGCAAAGGACGUUUGCGGUGAGCGCAGCGUCAAUCCGCAGAAAGAAGUGAGGAUACUCACGGCGUUUUAUUCUCCAGAUGAGGAGAUGAAUGUGGAGAUGAAGGUUGAGUCAAAUCCUCCAAACUCGGAGUAA